GAGGAGCGAGACAGCGAGUGUGCGCUGCGCGCUGCCCGGCCAGGGCGGACGCGUACAGUGGCUCCGAGUCCUCGGAGAGGCUCCCCAGCCCCUGCAGUGAGCCUGCUUGCCUGAGCCCAGGGACCAGAACAUCCACAGCCAGGAGGUCGGCGGCGAGGUACCCGAGAAAAAAAACACGGAUUCGGAGAGUCCACCGAAGGGAGACGCGGAGGCUGAGCAGAUGGAGGAACAAUGCCGCCUCCAGAAGCGAAGCCUUUCUUGAACCUUCGCUGGAGUGUGGAGUCGGCUUUCUGCUCUGCUCUCUCUGGGCCUUGAGGCUACUUCUGGGCUUGGUUCAGCCUCUUAGUUUGGCAGGAAUUAGAAAGUUGCUCUUCUUCUCUGCAACGUUUCCUGCGAAGUGGCUUUCAGAUCUGCGAGCUGGUUCAAGUCAAGAUGUCACUUUGUAGAUCCCCCGCGAGGAGCGACUAAUAGAUUAUGCAUUGUUGGGCAAUAAACUCUCCUGGGAAGAGAGGGAUAGUCCACCCAAACGUUUAAAAGGAGCUCCACUGACUCCUGCCAGCCUCAGCACAAUGCCUUCAAAUCACCCAUUGACGAGGUCUUCUGCUACACUUCCUGGAUUCAUUUCCUAGAAUUAUGAACUUUCAAGGCAUUGAAACCAUGGAGUUUGUUCUCUUUUGAUAUAGACCCACAGUUAACUGGAUUUGAUUUAUAUGAGGGAAAAUACAGUCAAUGGCUACUCUUGCCACAUUGCUACUAUGGAAAACAGAAUGGUCAAUAGGAGAUGGUCUGAUGAAUAGUGAUGAUUGAAGAUGCUGCUUCAGUCCAUGUGAAAUCAAUGGGAGCUGCUUGCUGCAUGAAGAGUACUCUGAGCUUUCCUUGACAAGCUAACAUUUGAGAAGCCGGAGGUGCAUUCUGCCAUCAUUCCAUCUUUCUCAAGUGGAUACAAAUAUAUUUGCCUCAUUGCACCAGACAAAUAGACAACUGAUGUGGGACCAUGGCACUUCCCAGAUGCAUGUGGCCAAAUUAUGUUUGGAGAGCCAUGAUGGCAUGUGUGGUACACAGGGGAUUGGGUGCCCCAUUGGCUCUCUGUUUUUUGGGAUGUUUUCUACAGACUGUCCACGUGCUCUCCCAAAAACUGGAUGAUGUAGAUCCAUUGGUGACUACUAACUUUGGAAAGAUAAGAGGGAUUAAGAAAGAACUAAAUAAUGAAAUUUUGGGGCCUGUCAUUCAGUUUCUUGGGGUUCCAUAUGCUGCUCCACCAACAGGUGGCCAUCGUUUUCAGCCUCCAGAGCCACCAUCUCCUUGGUCUGAUAUCCGGAAUGCCACACAGUUUGCUCCUGUAUGUCCCCAGAAUAUCAUUGAUGGCAGAUUGCCUGAAGUUAUGCUUCCUGUGUGGUUCACUAAUAACUUGGAUGUGGUUUCAUCAUAUGUUCAAGACCAGAGUGAAGACUGCCUAUACUUAAACAUCUAUGUCCCAACUGAAGAUGUAAAAAGAAUAUCCAAGGAAUGUGCCAGAAAACCCGGCAAGAAAAUAUGUAGAAAAGGAGAUAUUCGGGACAGUGGGGGUCCCAAGCCAGUGAUGGUGUACAUCCAUGGUGGCUCUUAUAUGGAAGGCACUGGAAAUCUAUAUGACGGGAGUGUCUUGGCAAGCUAUGGCAAUGUGAUCGUCAUCACAGUCAACUAUCGGCUUGGGGUACUUGGCUUCUUGAGCACAGGGGAUCAGGCUGCCAAAGGAAACUACGGGCUCCUUGACCUCAUCCAGGCCCUAAGAUGGACUAGCGAGAACAUUGGGUUCUUUGGUGGGGACCCCUUGCGAAUCACUGUGUUUGGAUCAGGCGCUGGGGGUUCAUGUGUCAACCUGCUGACUUUAUCCCAUUAUUCUGAAGGUAACCGUUGGAGCAAUUCAACCAAAGGACUUUUUCAACGAGCAAUAGCUCAGAGUGGAACAGCCCUUUCAAGCUGGGCUGUUAGUUUCCAGCCUGCAAAAUAUGCUAGAAUGCUGGCCACAAAGGUUGGCUGCAAUGUGUCCGAUACAGUAGAGUUAGUGGAAUGCCUGCAGAAGAAGCCUUACAAAGAGCUUGUUGAUCAAGAUAUUCAACCAGCCAGAUACCACAUAGCCUUUGGACCUGUGAUUGACGGUGAUGUAAUCCCAGAUGAUCCUCAGAUACUGAUGGAACAAGGAGAAUUCCUCAACUAUGAUAUAAUGUUAGGAGUUAACCAAGGAGAAGGGUUGAAGUUCGUUGAAAAUAUAGUUGAUAGUGAUGAUGGUAUAUCAGCCAGCGAUUUUGACUUUGCUGUUUCUAAUUUUGUUGAUAAUUUAUAUGGAUAUCCUGAAGGCAAAGAUGUUUUGAGAGAAACCAUUAAAUUCAUGUAUACUGACUGGGCUGAUCGCCAUAACCCUGAAACCAGAAGGAAGACAUUGUUGGCUUUGUUUACGGACCAUCAGUGGGUAGCACCUGCUGUAGCUACGGCAGACCUUCACUCAAACUUUGGUUCACCCACAUAUUUCUAUGCCUUUUAUCAUCAUUGCCAAACAGAUCAAGUUCCAGCUUGGGCUGAUGCAGCUCACGGAGAUGAGGUUCCCUAUGUGUUGGGAAUCCCCAUGAUUGGCCCUACAGAGUUGUUUCCUUGCAAUUUCUCCAAGAAUGAUGUGAUGUUGAGUGCAGUAGUAAUGACAUAUUGGACAAAUUUUGCUAAAACGGGUGACCCAAAUCAACCAGUUCCUCAAGACACAAAAUUCAUUCAUACCAAACCCAACCGAUUUGAAGAAGUAGCAUGGACCAGAUAUUCCCAGAAAGACCAACUUUAUCUCCAUAUUGGAUUAAAACCAAGAGUCAAAGAGCAUUACAGAGCCAAUAAGGUUAAUCUCUGGUUGGAGCUGGUACCUCAUCUACAUAAUCUGAAUGACAUUUCUCAGUAUACCUCGACAACAACUAAAGUGCCAUCAACGGACAUCACUCUCAGACCUACAAGGAAGAAUUCACAACCUGUCACAUCAGCCUUUCCCACUGCCAAACAGGAUGAUCCCAAACAACAACCCAGUCCCUUCUCGGUGGACCAGAGGGACUACUCCACAGAGCUGAGUGUCACCAUUGCUGUGGGAGCAUCUCUCCUGUUUCUGAACAUCUUGGCCUUCGCAGCACUGUACUACAAGAAGGAUAAGAGGAGACAUGACGUGCACCGUAGGUGCAGCCCUCAGCGCACAGCCACCAACGACUUGACUCACGCUCCAGAAGAAGAGAUCAUGUCCCUCCAAAUGAAGCACACUGACUUGGAGCAUGAGUUUAUAAAGCUCCAUGACCCAACUUGUUUGUGAAGACUUGAAGAUGAAUGUCAUAUCUUCCAUGAAUUGUUCUCUCUUCAGAAAAAAAAUCCUCAUCUCCCCACAAAAAAUACCUAAAUCCUUUACUAUUUCAGUCACUGUUCUUCCAAUUGAUCCUCUGUAAGUAUGUUAGGCAGUAUGAAGUGUAGGAUUGCACACACCAACACUUCAGGGUAGUUGUUCCCUGUCCAGUGUCUCCACUCUCACCUCUCUCUCUGCUUGUUUGGUAAUUUCUGAUAAUGUGUAUGUCUCAGUAGGUACACACAUCUGUAAUUCAGAUGGACACUUUCUACUAAUGCCCCUCCAAAUUUCCACAUGUGUACUACUAAUCAAGUUCUGCCAUAUCUUGGUAGUCAAAUCAACAUACCGUAUCAUUUGAGGCUUUCAGGAUACUUACCCCUUAGAUCUCAGAAUAAUGCAAUCCAUUGGUGUGAGAAAUGUUACUUUUCUUCUGUCUACACAAGGAGAAACCAAACAACUACUGUACAUAAUCCCACUGAAAACAAAGACCUGGAGAAGAGCUGCAGUAUAUAUGAUACUGAAAAAAUCAAGAGCUGUCAUUGUUUACAUACUGGCUUCCAGGUCUGUGUCACACUCACAACAAAUCAGGGCUCACCUCCCUCAAUAUAUAUAUUAAUACCUGACAAUGUGCUUAUUCUUUCAUUCCUUGCAUUUUUAUUUUCAUUAUAAUAACAAUAAAAAUUUGCAUACUAAAAUAAUCAGACCCAAAGUCUAUACAGCUUAAUGAACUCAUAUCCAAUUUGAAUUGACCUCAAAAGUGAAGCUCUGAAUCUUCACAUUGGAUUUUUCACUUUUAGUGUUGUGUUUAAUUUACUCACAUAUUCACCAUUAACUAUGAGGUACCACUCUACGUGGCAAACCACUAUUCACUGAUGGAAGAGUAACCAAAGCAUAAGCCCUUUUCUCAUUUGACUAACAGACAUCUUAUUAAUUGUCUUUCUGCCUCCAUACAUAGCCCGAGAGAGAUUAUCAGAUACAUCUCAUGAUCUAUUUACUAGCAUUUAAACUACUUAUUGUAUGUCAAAGCUGUCCAUUAUAAGACACUUGGGAUGCUUGCUCUGGAUUUCUACUUUGGUAUUUCUAUGUAACUGUCACUUUACAUUAAAUUAUGGGUGAUUAUAUAGAAAGAAUUCUCACACAAAUCAUCAGUAAAAAUUAAAAUAUUGAUGUAGACUUGUUUGGUGUGUACUUGUUUUUGAGACAGCAACUCAAUAUGUUGCUCAGGUUGAUCAGUAACCCACAGAUAACUGGCCAUUCCACUGCCCCUGCCCUUGUCCCUGCCCCUGCCUCCUUAAAGUUGUGAUUAAAGGUCUAAGCUACCAUGACCAGUUCAACAUAUUCUUGUACUUGGUUGGCUUAAUAGAAAAUGAAGGGGCUGCGAAUAUAGGUCAGUGGUACAGCAUGAGCACUUUGUCAGAAAUCUAGCCUUGAGAUCAAACCUAAACCAAGGAGAGAGAGAGAGAGAGAGAGAGAGAGAGAGAGAGAGAGAGAGAGAGAGAGAGAGAGAGAGAGAGAGAGAUCAAUAGAUCAAUACCUCUCUGAGAGGGUAACUUGUGACAAGUUUAUAAGGAAGAAAGAAGUAAUCAAAACAAGCCUCCAAUUUAUCGUUAACCAAUAUUAUAGCAGCACAUAUCUGUAAUUCCAGUUGAAGAUGAAAGUUGUGUUUUUUAGUAACACCCUGUCUCUAAAAGAGAAAAAUAAAUACUCUUUAAUUAAUGACGUUCUAAUGAGAAGGACAAUGGUUGCUUGUUUACAGUCAUGAAAUUGUUACAAGUCAAGAACAACCAAGACCCUCAGAAUUGAAACAAUAAUCAGGACUUUACCUUCCCCCCACCCACACAUACAUUUAAGGAAAUCCUCAAAAGACAUUUGUGAUAUAACAUUAUAGCGCCAACCAGAGAAUGACAAACAGAUGUUAGCAAUGAACUCACAAGCCAGCACUGGAAGAGUGCAGAAUUUGUAUGUAUCCUCAAUGCUCUGCCAGUCAAGAAACACUUCAAAUAGGAUUUAUUCAAAUGGAGAGAAAUACUACUGCCAUACUGGAUACCAAAAGUUUUAAUCCUAGAUUAUUGAAAACACCAAUUUUAAAAGGUAACUUCAAAGACUUUAGAAUACAUAUAAAAAUAUCCUGUUAUUAAAGCAGAUUCAAACCAAUAAAGGGGAAGUAAUAAGGCAAAAUUAAAAUCUCUAUAUAUCAUGUAGCAGUGUGUUAAAAAAUGACAACUAGCACAUAGUUAAAGUCAGUGUUUGCAUCACAUACAAGAAACAAAAGGCAUCUAAAUGUGUUAAGUAGGAAUGUCUUUAAAUCAUCAAGUAAAAGACACAUCUGUAAGAAAAUAAACUGAUUAAGUAUUGCUUCUCUCUGCCUAAUCCUCACAAAAAAGAGAAAACAAAUAUACAAAUAUUUAAGAAUAGAAUACUAAUGGCUGAGAGCUUCUAGAAGCAUAUGGAGGCUAGAAAUUUCAUACAGUUAAAUUACUGGUAAUUCAAUGCAAUUUAAAGGAAAUAAUGAUAAUAAAGAUUGAAUUGAAAGGAAGGAAAAGAAGUAGAAAGGGAGGAAGAAGAGGGAGAAAAGGAGGACAUGAUGGAGGGAAGAAAGAAGAGGGGGAGGAAUGAGAAAAGAGAAGAGGAGUAAAUAGAAAUCAAACAUGUCCCAGGAAAUUAGAAAUAAGAAUAAACCUGUGUGGGUGAAAUCCUCAAAGGAAAUCUCAAGUGAGAGAAGAAAGCUGAAUUAAUAAAACACCACUUGCAUUAAGAGUACUGUAUACUGAAGCAUUGGACUUCAAAAGUAAUGCUUUAAGCCAGGAGAUAUUGAAAUAUCAACUGAUGAUAGAAAAUAUGAAUGUAAGCCAGUGGUUUUUUGAUCUAGUCAUAAGCUCACUUCACAAGUAUGACAAUGUUCAAGAGACUCCUAUCAAUAAUCAAGAGUUUAGGAAUGUUAUUCCCAUGGGCAUUUCCAGAGACAGUAAUGAUCAUGAGAGAGCAAAGACCAAAUGAGAAUUAUAAUGCCAAGGGUACAAGGUAUGUGACUAUAGAUGAUGAAAAUUUAGACAUAGCCUAACUAUUAGAUACAUGAAAACAAUAGGGAAGUCAUAGGAAAACAGUUAAAUUACUUUCAAUAAUUAUAUUUUCAUUGAUAACUCUUGCAUCUUUUAAUCUAAAAAUGCCUUGCUAUAAUUUCCUUACAAUUUAUUUACAAAAAAUCCCUCAGCAUUAACUGAAGAUUUGAGCUUUGCAGAAAUCACCUUUUAAUGACAAAUCUAUAAAAACAAAACAAGGUGUUUAGUCAGCUCCACAGAAAUGAUUAUGUAUAGGAAAGGAAAGGAAUUAUGGCUGAAAUAAGUCAGGAAGUCGACUUCAGGGAUGUCUUGAAAACGGAUAUGUUAAUUUGGACACUCUCUCUCCACUUGAUUAUUCCCCCGAUCAUAAUGCUAUAUUACACCAAAUACUGAUUUCAUAGAAUUGUCCUAUACUUGUGUUAUAUUUUGCAAUAAACUCUUAGGAUUAUAAUAAAAGAAUAUGAAAAUAUUUCAACUGAAAGCAAGGUUUAUGAACAGAAAGGGCCCACCCACUCACAGUAUAAACAAUGGGAGAAAUAUUCAAUGAGGAACAUGGCCUUGGAUGUCUGAACAACAAAACAGAAGAAAAUUUCCUAGGGUCCCCAGGUCAGAACAAGAUCAAGCCCCUCUGUCACCUGUGGCACUUAAAACACACUGCAUAGUCACAAUCAUGGUUCUGAGAAAAAUCUAUGAUCAACUCAGAAUUUCAUAUCUAAAAAAUUAUGAUUGUAGAUUUUAGCUCACAAAGACAGGUGCAGGGGAAAGAUUAAAAGAAAACUUGAGACCAUGGUUCAAGUGUUUUGAGAGAGCUCAGAUGUGGAGAUGGUAAGCCAAGAAAACAAAAUUAAAGCUGAUAGACUAUCUGAUAUUUUGAAGUGUGUGUGGUUUCAAAUAUCGUAUUUGUAAGUUUUUUCUUUAAGGAUUUAUAAAACUAUCACCAAAUGGUAAUUAUUAAUCAAGAAGAAAAACAGUGGAAUGCAAUCUCAAGCUUGUGCACAUAAAGGGCAGACAGUACAAUUACAGGACAAUUUUCAUCAAUGCCUGAAAUCUGGAUGCUUUCAUUAUUACACUGUUUUCUGGUUGGCUUUCAAGAAUGAUCUUCCAAUUGCCAUUCUAAGUAUGCAACUAAGAGCAUACUAGACAACUUGUUUCUCUUUUCUCUAGCCAAUAAAGUGUUAAUCAAUUUUAUCUUUUCCAUUAUAAUAAAAAUGGAAUUUAGUUAUUGUAUUAAUUUGCAUUUUUAAAUUGAAGUAAUGCAUCUUUUCUUGUGAUUAAAAGCCAUUGAAAUUCUGUUUUA